GUCACUACAGGCUAUAUAGGUACCUACAUAAAACAUUGCAUAGCUGCCUACUCAGCUGACUGUAGACCUAUAAUUUACCCUUCUCCUAUCCAUAGACUAUCGAUUACAAGGCAGCAGGACCUGCCUAACCAACAUUGAACCUAUUAGAAACAUAAUAUUUUUGUUUUAUUUUCUUAAUCAAUGAGUCAAUAUCUCUCGAUAGCUUAAAUAUAAGCACACACCUUGCCUGACGCUUUGAUCAUCCAACUCGCUCGUGAUAAUUCGAAGAGACGGUCUUUGUUAUAAAUGGUAGAGACUGCGGUUCUACGGUUCCCCAUAUCAGGAAGAGAAAACGAAUAUUUCUUGUUAGAGACGUCCUCCAAUGGGUCGAAACCGCUAGACCUAAAGCUGGUCGGAUCAGAGAGCACAGCUGUGUUCAUGAUGAAGCUACGUCAUAAAAGAGUAGCCGACUUCAAAGCCUCAGGCGGUCCUUGUUCUCAUGAGGAGUGGGAAGAAAUCCUAACUUCGAUCUUAAUUAACGAGCACCUACUACCCGAUAUCGAGAUCAGAGCAGACGUCCAAUCAGAUGGCUCAUCGGUCUCGCUCUCUUUUCGGAAGAACAUUCAGGGAAUUACGCAACGGGUUGGUUCCCUGAAGCUAGAAGAAGAUGAGAAGACAGAGAUAUCCCCCUUUGAUUGGUGUGUCUCGGCUAUUGGAUCCCGAGAAAAGAUUCAAGAAAACCUAGCUACUACCAACGCCAAAACCCAAGCCCUAGAAGAUUCCCUUAAAGAACUCAAAGAUCAAUUGGACGAUUUAAUCAAGACAAAAGAAGAAGACGAAACCCAUCUUCUUGAAAAGUUCCGGAAUUUACUUAACGAGAAGAAAGUCAAGAUUCGACAGCAACAGCGUCUCCUAGCAUCCGCAAACGUAGACCCCGAAAAGCUGGCGAACGUUGCCGGCAGCCAGAGUAAACAAAAGCACGUCGCUCAAACAUCACGUGCUUCAAAGCGAAAAGUAAAGGAGGAACCUGAAAGUAGCGACGGAUUUGAGAGGAUGGAUGUUGAGGAGGACGGUGGUGGAGACGGCAUCGCACAAUCGGAGGCCGACGACGACGAGGGUAACACGACAGCAGAUGAAACUGCAAGUGGAUCGAGUUCAGAUGACGAACCGGCGCCGCCGCCACCAGUAAGAUCGCAGAAAAAUCAAGCCGUGGCGCCAAAACGCGCCACGCGGGCAUCCACGUCGGCGAAAGGAGCCCCUAAGCCCGACAGUGGCCCACUAGACGAUGACGAUGAGCCGUUACCGCCAAGACGAGUUCUGCCAUUUAUGAAAAAUAAGAAACCCACAGCUCCGCCGCCAAAGUCAGCGGACAGUGAUGAAACGGAGUCAGAUGAUGAGCUAUGAUAAAGCUAGAUACGAUUAUACCAAUGAGACCAUACAUUUACGAAACAGAUAUGAUAGGGACUUGGCAAUGAAAUCCGUUUCCUACAGACCUUUCUGAUUGAAUUCAGUCAUCUAACUAGCCUAAGCGAUGAC